AUGGAUCAAGGCGCCGACGACGACAGGGACAGGAAACCCAAGAAGAAGGUGGGCUUCUUGGGCGGCCUGUUGCGCAGUGGGAGCUUCGCAUUCAACAAGGGAACCAAAGACAACAAAAAACACACUCGGCGCGUGAGCGAGGGCGAUGUCACCACGCUGCGCAAGGUCCGACCCGACCCGCCGCCCAGGGAUCGAGCUCGCUCGCGUCGCCGGCCUAGGCGCCCGGACCCCGACCCGCACGCGGGAACGACCGCGGCGAGAGCCCUCAAGGGCAAAGGCGUUUCGGUGGCAGCAGACGAUGUCGAUGAUGAGUACGACGACCAUGCGCCGGCGGCGGUGAGGGUGGAGUGGCCGCCGCGGGGCAUGUCGGCUGACGAGGAGCUCCCGCCACAGCACGCCCUCGAGCUCAUCUGUCGCGGCGCGUCGCUUCACAAGGGUCACAAAAAGGCCGUUCCUCAUGCGCCAGACUCAUACUACACCCUCUAUGCCACGUCGUCUGGGAAUAGGGGCGCGGGCUCGGACGCGGCCAACUUGCACGAUGCCAUGGCGCAGCUCAUGACGCUGAGGAUGCUGGGCCAGGGCCAUGCCUCGUAUCCGUGGGAGACGCUCGAGCAGCCAAGCUGCGCCUUCAUGUACGGGCGCCGCCCCGGCACCAUCACGCUGAACCACUGGGCGUCCAUGGCGAGCGUCGUACCGCCAGCGAUUGCACUGCGCGACGCGGGCGUCGAACCACGGCCCAUGGAUCUGUUUCGCAUAUUCGAGCGCCUCAAGGAGCUGCAAUCCGGGCUCGAGGACGAUGAUGAAGGGCUGCUCUACAAGAUCCUGUACCGACGCAUUCUGCGGGACCCAGACCGCAUGUUCAGCCCGCACAGGACGCUGGACAAGCAGAUUACAGAUCUGAUUCUCGUGCUAUCGCGUCCAGAUUGGAUCGACUUUACGGACCCAAAAAACCACGUCGCGACGCGAUUUGUCUUUGACAGGGGUGAAGGCGGGCGCGAAGACCGGUACCGCACGUUCUUCCACCAGCUGCUCCUGAGCCUCGAGCUGGAGCUACGAAUACAUUCGGCGCAGCAUGGGGACUGGGCCAAGGAGAAGUUGCUGCAACAGAUCCCGCCCACGAUUCAGUGGAGCCUGGCGCUGGCGAGACGGUGGAGGGAAUACGUGAGAGUCGACGAGUUUGGCGACACGCCAGACAAGAUCAAGCUGAGGUACAAGCUCAAGAAGCGGCAGGUCAAGAUGUUGAAGCGCUUCGCGCAGAUGAUGAAGUGGCCCAACUUGGGGGGCACACUGGACAACUUGAAGGAGAAGGACGACGCUUUCGCCUUGGACGCCAUCAGCUCCGACGCAUUUGCCUUUUUCAGCGGACUCGUAUUUCCAGGGCCGAGUUUCCCAUUCCUCAUCAUGAAUACGCUCAUCGAUCUGGACCCCGAUCCCGCGACAGACAACUUGGCCUUGCUGUCGCAUACGCACCCGCAAUGCGGCUUCCAGUACCGUAAUAGUCAUACGUACUGGUCAGCCAGCUGCAUCGUGGGCAAGGUGCUCGCGCCGACGUGCCGGUGCGUCGGCGGGUGGGUCGGGCCCGGGAGACCGACUGCGGAUCUCGGCCGGUCGCAGAUUGCUCGGAUCCGGAGCCGCAGGCCCCGGCAGCCGCGGCGCCGCAUGGGACCCGAAGACGUGGAGAGCAUGGGCGAGCGGUCGGAUCCCCUGGGGCCGCCUGCCGACACGUAUCCCAUAGGCGACUACGAGCUUGCCCGGCCGAAAACUGACGAAGGCUUCGAGGUGGAUACGGUACGGAUCGAGCUCCUAGGAUUCAGGCCCUCGGCUACGCAGCCUAGCCUAGAGGAGGAGAAUGGCAAUGGCGCCGGAGGCACCGGCAAAGCUGCGGUGCCGCAACUUUUCGAUGCGACGAUACAGUUCGCGAUUGACGGACUGUCGUGGCCGCUGCGGCUCAUGUACGACGUGUCCUUUAUAUCAGCAUGGCCGUGCUCCGACGGGCCGCACCCGCUCUUCUUCGACUACGUCUACAAGGCCAUACAGGUGGACGAUAUCGUACGCGUCCGCGACUGGGGAGGGCUGUACGCCCGACAACGGCAGAGCGCGACGACGAGCGCACGAUCGAGCCCUGCGCCACCACCGCUACCGCCAAACGGGAACCUGGACGACUACUAUGACCAGCUUAACGACGAGGAGGAGCAGGACGAGGAAAAGGUCCUGGUCGUGGAGGCGUUUGGGGUAAGGGAUAACGAGGUGUUGGCGAGAGCCUGGUGCUCGCACUGGGGGCUGAGCGCCGUCGUCGCCGACGUGGACAAGACUUGCAUGGCGUGUGCCAUCAGGGAGGCGUACGCGGCGACGCUGACGGUGGUGAUAUUGGUGGACGACCGGCUACACGGUGACGACGGUAACGAGGCAUGA